CGUGAAUGCUGUCGGCAACGGUCCAAGGACUGUUGUCCAAGUAAAGGAAAAGUGUAGGAAUUUGAGACUAAAAAGGCAAAGACAGACUACACUGCAGAGCAGGCUAGUCUUUUAAAGACAGGUGGAGGACCUGCUCUGCCAGAAAUGUCAACUGGGUCUUAUGCUAUAAUAGACCUGCUUAAAGACUCGGCGUCCUUCUCUGGGACAACUGGAGCAGAUCUUUGUGAGACGGCACUAGCCAAUGAUACAGUGGAAGAAGGCAGCCAUCCAGAAUAUUGUCUGUGGGAAAGUUUUACAACUGAAGGAAAAGACACUGAAACUGCUGUUAAGUGCAAAGACCUGGGAAAAUCAAAGCCACAAGCAGCAGAAACCUAUGCCAGAGCCAGUGCCAGUAAAAGUCAGUGCAACAAGGGUUACACCACAGAAUGAAAAGGCCAAGACACUGAAGGAGUUGCAGAUGGCUUACUACAUGGAAGCAACAGAAAAUCAGAAGGCACAGAAGGAGUGCUUUCAGAAACUGUCCACACUGGCCGAUGUUCUGACACUGAAAUUUUCGUGAAUGUCUCAUAAAUGACUUUCUUUUUAUUUCAAU